AAGUAAAUGAACAGGUGACAUGAAUUAUAGGUCUGCAGUUAAGAGGGUAAACAGCUGAAAAUUAGUUUCAUCAAUAUAAAGGUGGCAGCUUUUCUAUUUAAUCUAAGAUACUAAGGAGUCAGAAAGGCUUUGAUUUCUAGGCAAAGUUAAUAAAAUCAAUUUUUGUUUGUGUAUAACUAUAGAAGAAAGAGCAUCAUAGGUAGAGGAGGAUCAAAUGGGCAAUGGAGCUGAGUUUGAUGCAGAGGUUGUUACUAAUAGGAAUGUUAAUCUCUGAAAUAUGGACCCAAGAGCAAUCAGGACUCAUGAGUUCGGAGUGCUUGGGGAACCUUUUGCGUAUAACGUUGAGUGCUGAAUAUUUUAAGGACAAACACUUAACUUUUUCUGUUGUUGAUCAAUCUGGUGUAGCCUGGGAGCUGGAUGAGGCCAUGGCAUCACAGUGUGGCUAUUUAGUAACUCACAGCAAUUGGAGUAGCAUUGAGUUCCGAGCUUCUGCACUAAGCUGCCAUUCUCACUUAGUGAAAGAUGUAUUCACAGUAACUAUACAAAUCAAAUCAUCUCGUACUCCUGAUAUGAAAAAUGUUAGAACUCAUCUGAAAAGUGCAAGUUGCCCUUAUGGUCUGUGCAAUACCAGAGAGUUACUAUGUGAAAGUAACUACAUGGAGGUUUCUGUCAGGAGGGAGGUUCCACAGACUGUAAAAAACUUUGUUCAAGAUGAACCUGAGGACUGGACUUUUGCCUUUCCAGAGGCAAAAGCACAAGAAGCCUCAAUAUGGCAAACAGUGUUUCAUCAGCCAGAGAAAAAGAAGGCUUUUCUUGUAAGCGAUGCUUGGAGUGCAGGUUAUGGACUCAACACCACAGACACGAGGGUUCUGCUGCGAAUACCACACACUGCUGCGUCAAUUCAGCUGGUCGAGGCUCAGGGAAUUACCUUUUCUGUGGUGAGAUCAAGUACAUUUUACAAAGAGCGAUGGAUAAUCCUGAUGGUGGAUACUUCUGUGGCGUGUCCUGUAGAUGGUGUGGACUACACUAACAAAACAAUCAUCUGGACUGUUCCAAAAUAUAUUCAACUGCUCUCUACUGCAGCAACGAGUUUUAAGGAUGUGCUUGUUGAAGCUGGUGUGGAUCUACACAAACUUUCUGCCAAAGAAAUGGCUUCCAGGAAAUAUGUGUUAUUGAAUGACUUUAAUGCAAUUACAGUGAAGAUACCAAUAGGUGCAGAAGGUGGCUAUUAUAAGACUUCUGUGAGCAAUGGACAGCAUGGGACAAAAUAUGCCAUUAACUUGUUCUUGGAACAUCAGUGGGAAGAUAACAAAUGGGGACGAACAAAAUAUACUAUCAUCAAGGAAAUAGAAACACCAUUUGAAGAAGUAGAACUUGCUAUAACCAACAACUCCAAUCUCAGUGCAAGGCUAAUGAAUGUGACAUUGGGAAUGUUCCUCCCAGAUGUGGAGCUUGUGAACUUAACCAUUGAGGGGGCAACUGUUGCUGUACCUGAAGCUGUUCAGCAUGGAUAUCAAACAUAUGAGAUCAAAUAUGCUAAUGGAAGCAAAACCUAUGUAAUCCAAGUCCCAUUUGAUGCACCAAGCAUUAAGAAAGAGUACAUGAAAGUGGACAUGAGAGCAUACACCCUGAAUGUCACACUCACAUUCAUAACUCAUCCAACAAGUGACACCUUCAGUGUCCCAGUCAUAGCAGUGUCAGCUGUUAAAGAUGCAGUACUACCCAGUGCAAGAGGAUUUUGUGAUGGGAGGAACCUUCAUCUCGUCAUCACUCGUGGGAAUGUGGACCAAAACUGGCUGCCCUUCAUCUCAGACUGGAACCUCACCCCGGAGGCUGUGCAGAAGUACAAUUACAGCCUGAGGGACAAUGGCACUCACUUGGCAAUCUCUGUUCCUUUCCUUUCUUCCCAUCUGAACUACGAGGUUUUUCAUACUUCUGGAAUAAAGGCUUCACUCUACUUAACCUUGAAGGAUGGCAACACCUUGGCUAAUAGAAGGGAUUUCUCAAUUUCCUGCAGAUUUUCACCUUCAGCGCUAAUACAGUGCCUGCCCAAUGGCACUGUGGUUAUUACUGCAGUAAAAGUAGCAGGAAUUGCAGACCUGGACACCAGGCUGUUUGUCUUAAGGGAUAGACUGUGCAAACCCAGUCUGGUGACAGAGAAGACUGCAACCUUCAAGUUCAAUGUGAACACUUGUGGAACAAGUAGAAAGUUCAAUAGCACAACUAUGACAUAUGAAAAUGAUGUACUCUAUUUCAGACCUGGCAAUGAUACACCAGUAUACCAACUGAAAUUUGCAUGCUUGUAUGCAAUCAAGCAGACUGUCGAUGUCCAAUAUGAAUCUAAGAAGAACCCACCACCCAGUAUUAAGCCAGGGUUUGGCUAUCUUGAUCUUUCAAUGAAGCUUUUCAAAGACAAAUCCUAUUCAGAGUCCUACCAGAAACUGGAAUAUCCUGUGGUAAAAUACCUGAGAGAAGCACUGUAUUUUGAAGUUGAACUGUUCCAGCCUAAAGAUGAGAGGUUGGAGCUAAACCUGGAUGACUGUUGGGCUACAAACUCCCAAAGCCAGGACAGCCUUCCACAGUGGCCCAUCCUUAUAAAUGGAUGUGAAAACAGCAGAGACUCCUACAGAACUGUCUUCCAUGAAGUUGAUUAUAGCCUCAGAGUAAAAUUUCCUCAGCACUUAAAGAGAUUUGAAGUGAUUAUGUUCACCUUUGUACAAGGCACAACUCUGUUACAAGAGCAGCUGUAUUUCCACUGCAGUGUGAUGAUAUGCCGCACUAUGCAGACAAAGACUUCAGGCUUUCUUUGUCCAAGGAGAUGCAAUCCCGGGAGACACAGAGUUGACCGCAGUGCAGAGCCACAUCCACAUGGGCAAGUGUCAUCUGGAGCAGUACUUGUUAGGAAAGAGAACUAGCAGAGGUGAAGACACUGACUUCUGGCAGAGACUAAACAAGAACUAUUUCGUUUUAUGAAGCUGUAGUUAAGUGGUCUAAGCAAGCGCAGCAUGCCCAGUUGUACAAGCAAGGACAUCUCAGAAGUAUCUACUGGGAAAAUAUAUUGAUGGUGUCUACUGAAAAAAGGGUUAGCUAACCAGUAUGGAUGUAUCUUUAAGUUAGGGUGUGCAGUGUCAAACUCCUUGUCUUUUGUGUGACUUGCCUCUGACCUAGUCUGCUCAGCUGACAUGUCCAAAACCUGUGUCUAGUCACUUUGCAGUUGGAAGCAGCUGUUUUGGGGUAGGGAGGAGAAAGGUGGCAACAGGUGUGAAGUCAAUUGUAAAACACUUUGAGCCUUUUUUUAUAGCUUCAGUUUGUGAACAAAGGGUUGCAGGGAGCUUAAUGUCAGUAAGAGAAAGUGUUUUUCAGAGCAAGAUGGGGAUGAACAUAUUUGAUCCUGUAGUGGUUAUUGACAGAAAAGCUGUAAACUGUGCAGAGCCACAACACUGUUGUGAGAUCCAAUGUCAAGUUGCUUUCCCUUGUUUGGGGGAAAUAAUGUACGGGUAACCUUUGUAACUGUUUAGCUGAGUCAGUGAAGGAAAAAAGCUUUUAGUGAAGACUUGUAGUAACAGUAACCAUAACACUUUGUGAAUAGAAUCCAUGUAUUAAGAAUUUUUCCUUAUUAAAGAACAUGAUCCUUAGGACCUCCUGUCAGA